AAUGAUUUUAGAAGCAUUUGAAUUUCUCAUUUAUGCCCUAUAUCUAGCUUCAGGUUACUUGAUUCCAAUUUAUAUGGCUGCUAUAGCUUAUGCAUCAAAUGAUAAAACAAAAAUGAGUAGAUGGUUGAUACAUUUUUUGCUUAUCAAUAUUUUGAAUCAUUCUGUGUUUCCAAUCUUGGCAUUCAUUGGAUUAUGUAAUCAAAAUUAGUUAAAAUAAUAUAGAAACUUUCAAUGACACUCUAGGUAUUUGCAUAUUGAUAUUGCCAACUUAUGUUUCAUUUGAUACAUUAGAACAAAUAGUCGAAAAUAAUUAUGUAAUAUUCAUUGAUAUAAAGUAGAAUAACAUACUUGCCCCCAAAAUGGAAAUUCUUAGGUAAAAGUCAUAUGUAGGAUUAUAAAAAUUAAAUUUAUUAUGAUUAGU